CUCUCUCUCUCUCUUUUUCCCCCUCAUCCAGCGGUGUCUUACAUCAGCUUACUGUGCCUGAAUGUCUGAAAGAGAGAUUCGGAGAGAAAGAAAAAGCCUUGUUUUUAUCUUCCCGAUUAUAAACACGUUACUUGGAACUAAGAAAUCAUUGGACAAAUGGUUUGAAAACAGCAACCCAAGCAGAAUGAACGUCCCGUCUCCGCCUGAGAUGAAGCAGCUUUGGAAGAUGCUCUUUCCGCUCCUUAUCCUCCUUUACCUAUCGGGAGCUGUCAAGUCUCAAGUAAAUCCAGGUGUGUGCCGGUCUCCAUUAGGAAUGUCCAGAGGCCAGAUCUUAGAUGAAGAUAUUUCAGCUUCCAGUCAGUGGUCUGACUCCACAGCAGCAAAAUAUGGCAGGCUGGACUGUGAGGAAGGAGAUGGUGCGUGGUGUCCUGAGAUCGCAGGAGAACCUGAGAAUAUGAACGAGUUCCUGCAGAUAGAUCUUCGUUCUCUGCACUUCAUCACUCUAGUGGGCACUCAGGGACGUCACGCGGGGGGCAUUGGGAAUGAGUUUGCCCAGACAUACAAGAUCAAAUACAGCCGUGAUGGCAGCCGCUGGAUCUCCUGGCGCAACAGACAGGGCAAAGAGGUGAUUGAGGGAAACAGGAAUGCUUAUGACAUUGUGCUGAAGGACUUGGAGCCGCCCAUCAUUGCACGUUUCGUCCGCUUCAUGCCCGUCAUCGAUCACUCCAUGAACGUUUGUAUGCGUGUGGAACUGUACGGGUGUGAGUGGCUAGAUGGCUUGGUUUCAUAUAAUUCUCCACAUGGCCAGCAGAUGACUCUCAAUGGACAGCACAUUUAUCUCAAUGAUUCAGUGUACGAUGGAGCCAUGAGUCACAGCAUGACCGAAGGACUCGGACAGUUGACGGAUGGCAUGUGUGGCCUCGAUGACUUCACACACAGUCACGUCUACAAUGUAUGGCCUGGUUAUGACUACAUCGGCUGGACCAACGAGAGCUUUCCCAGUGGUUAUGUUGAGAUCAUGUUCGAGUUUGACCGCACCCGCAACUUCACCACCAUGAAGGUGCACUGCAACAACAUGUUCUCCCGAAGAGUGAAGACCUUUCAGAAGGUGGUGUGUUACUUUCUCUCGGACUCGAACUGGGAAGCUACACCCGUAUCGUUCAGCCCCGUGAUGGAUGAUGUCAACCCCAGUGCGCGCUUCGUCACCGUCUCGCUCUACAAUCACAUGGCCAGUGCUAUUAAGUGCCAGUACUACUUUUCUGACAUCUGGAUGAUGUUUAGCGAAAUCACCUUCCAGUCAGAUACAGCCAUGUACAACACAACCCUGACUCCCCCCAAAACCGGACCUCCCAUCAGCAAUCUACCAGGGGAUGACCCCACACACAAAGUAGAUGACAGCAACACCCGGAUCCUCAUUGGCUGUUUGGUCGCCAUCAUCUUCAUCUUAGUGGCCAUUAUUGUUAUUAUACUAUGGAGACAAGUUUGGCAGAAGAUGCUUGAGAAGGUGUCUCGGAGGAUGCUGGAUGAUGAACUAACUGCUAGUCUGUCAAUACAGAGUGAGACCUUCACCUAUAACAACAACAACAGCCCCUCUUCAGUGCCCAGCGAGCAAGAGUCCAACUCCACCUACGAGCGAAUCUUCCCUCUGGGACCCGACUACCAAGAGCCCUCCCGUCUGGUUCGCAAACUGCCAGAAUUUUCCCAAACCUCAGAGGACACCACUUCAACAAAUACAGCUUCCAAGUCCACUCCAGCCGGUGUACAAGAGGGGGUCCCACAUUAUGCUGAGGCAGACAUCGUAAACCUACAAGGUGUAACUGGGAGCAACACUUACGCAGUGCCUGCCCUCACCAUGGACCUGCUGUCAGGAAAGGAUGUCGCUGUGGAAGAAUUUCCUCGGAAGCUGCUUACUUUUAAAGAAAAGUUGGGAGAAGGGCAGUUUGGAGAGGUGCAUUUGUGUGAAGCAGAAGGCAUGCAAGAUUUCAUGGACGAGGACUUCUCCUUCGAUGUCAUUGAAAACCAAACAGUGCUCGUAGCUGUUAAAAUGCUUCGAGCGGACGCGAAUAAAAACGCUAGAAACGAUUUCUUGAAGGAGAUAAAGAUCAUGUCUCGAUUGAAAGACCCCAACAUCGUCAGGCUGCUGGCGGUGUGUAUGAGCUCUGACCCUCUGUGUAUGAUCACAGAAUACAUGGAGAAUGGAGACCUUAAUCAGUUCCUGUCUCGCCAUGAGCCUGAGGGCAUGAUUGCUCUCCUCAGCAAUGCUCCCACAGUCAGCUACAGUAACCUACACCACAUGGCCACACAGAUUGCUUCAGGCAUGAAGUACCUAUCAUCACUCAACUUUGUGCAUCGAGACUUGGCCACACGCAACUGCCUAGUAGGAAAGAACUACACCAUAAAGAUUGCAGACUUCGGGAUGAGUAGGAACCUGUAUAGCGGAGACUACUACCGUAUCCAGGGCAGAGCGGUGCUGCCCAUCCGCUGGAUGUCCUGGGAGAGCAUUCUUCUGGGGAAAUUCACCACAUCCAGUGAUGUGUGGGCUUUUGGCGUAACCCUUUGGGAGAUGCUUACCUUCUGCAAAGAGCAGCCUUACUCGCAGCUGUCAGAUGAGCAGGUCAUUGAAAACACAGGAGAGUUCUUUCGGGAUCAAAGAAGACAGAUAUACCUGCCACAGCCACCAAUGUGUCCUGACCCUGUCUACAAGCUCAUGUUGAGCUGCUGGAACAGGAACACCAAAGAGCGUCCAUCUUUCCAGGAGAUUCAUCACACGUUACUGGAUUGCAAGCCGUAAUGUCCACUUAUGUGCCAACCUUGGCACUUCCAGAGACAUUUCAGUGCGCCCACAGGACUCCAGUCAACUACACACCAUAACACAUACUUAUGUUUCCAUAUAUAAGUGAGUUCAGAAUCUAUCAUUUUUCUGUAGCAAUUUUUACUGUGAGUGUGCAAAGGCAAACUGAUUUAUAUUGUACGAUUGAACUACACCCCCUAACUAAGUGCCUUCAGCUGGCUUACAAUACCUGGGCAGCAUUAGGACAAAGGAAAUGUAGCAAUUAAUUAAGGCACCUUUAGUAAAAAAGAAUUGGAUUUUACACAUUGUGUAUUUUCUUCAAAUAACUCUAAAUAUUUUAAAAUAUCUAUUAGAUUAUUGAAUUGAAAAAACAAGUAAUCGGCUACUUUUAUUAUUUCCAAUUUAAUGUUGUUUUCAGUGUUUUGAGGCCGAAGACAGCUUGAAUGUAAAUAAGAACCAUUAAUUGGCAUUCAGAUUCACCUUUGGUUUUAUCUUGAUGUCUCUUGAUGUUUGUGUAUAUUUUCAUCUCAUUUAUUGAAAAUGCUAAAGUAUUUUAUUAUUUUACUUUUUUUUUUCUCUUUGUAGUAAACUACAAAGACCACUUGCACUCAAGUGGAUUAGCAGAAAGCCAAUUUAUCUGGUUGUCACAGAAUUUCAAAUUCAAAAUCAGAAAAAAAUCAAUUAAAAUUGUACAUGUAAAAAUAUAUAUUAGCGUUAUCCUGCAACUACCUAUAUGUUGUGUUUAUAUUUAAGCAUACUUCUUGUUCUUCUUGUUUUAUUGUCUUAAGAAUCUGUUAGGGUGAUAAUGGUUAUUAUUUAAGUCCAUUUAAUUUGUGCUCUUUUAUUUUUUCCU